UAAUUUCUAUUACUGGUGAGGAGCCGGGGUCUGCUUUCGUGUAUGCGCCCAUUCUGCGCAAGGUUUGCGAUCAUCUCUGCUCCGGGAAAUGGCGAGCUCCCUGCGGCGAGCAGUGACGCAUUCGCGUCAGCCCUAUCGAUACCCUCUGACUCCAUUAUCGAGGUCUUUCUCUGCAUUAUCGGACUCACUCGUAGAGAUCCAACGGGGAGAGAUCGGUAUGGUCUCCGGUAUACCCCAAGAGCAUCUUCGUAGGAAGGUUAUUAUUUUCUCUCCUGCGCGAACUGCUAGUCAGCAAGGAUCUGGAAAAGUUGGGAGAUGGAAAAUCAACUUUUUAUCGACUCAGAAAUGGGAAAACCCAUUGAUGGGUUGGACGUCCACAGGGGAUGCAUAUGCCAAUGUUGGUGAUGCUGCGCUGGGCUUUGACAGUGAAGAUGCUGCAAAAGCAUUUGCUGAAAGACAUGGAUGGGAGUAUACGGUCAAGAAACACCAUACACCAUUGUUGAAGAUUAAGGCCUAUGCCGACAAUUUCAAGUGGAGAGGCCCUCCCAAGAUGGAGGGAUGAAUUGAAAUUUUCUCUCAGGCUAUAAAUAGUGUCUCUUGCAUCUUGCUUAACUUAUAAAGUUUGGGUGUGUCUUCAGGAAUGAGCCCAAGCCAAGUUUCUUGAAAUUAAUAAAGCGAACUUUACCGAACCUUUGUAUGGGAAAUUAAUUUUUUAUUAAAUAAGAAAUUCUGCAUUUAGACA